AUGGCUUCUUUUUACGAUGAACAGUCGCCAUUGAUUAAACGCCAUGAACGAGAGGAGCUAGGCCGUUGGAACUCUUCCACUUUAAACGUACUCCGCGUAGCCGCCACUUUCUUCUCUUUUAUCAUUUCCGGAGCAAAUGACAGCCUGUACGGCGUUCUCAUUCCACGGCUGGAGUCCUUCUAUCACCUCAACCACACAACUGUUUCUCUGCUGUUCCUUUCGCCAGUCGCCGGGUACAUCGUCGCCACCCUCGCGAACCAUUCCAUGCACGUUCGUCUCGGCCAGCGUGGCAUUGCCUUGAUCGGAGGCUCUUGCCACGUCAUGGCCUACGCCAUUGCAAGCACUCAUCCACCCUUCUCCGCACUCGUCCUCGUCUACACCUUGGUGGGACUGGGUAGCGGGACAAAGCAGGCGGCGUGGAACUCGUGGGUCGGAGGCUUGCAAAACCCCAACGAGCUCCUGGGGAUCCUCCAUGGCUUCUACGGCGCCGGCGCCACAAUCAUGCCCGUGGUGGCGAGCGUGCUCCUCGGCAAACGGGGCUGGUCAUGGUAUGAGGUAUACUACCCCUUCGUAGCCAUCGCUGCAGCCGACAUGGUCUUCUCUUCUUCCGUGUUCGCGACCCAUGACGGGAGCGCGUAUCGGGAGAAGAAUGGGAUACAGCCUCGGGAAGAGCACGGUCAGCACACAAGAACACGGGGGUGUUUCGCUGCCAUCAAACGCAGCCAGACUGCCGUUUGUCUCAAGGAAAAGGUCGUCCUUCUCGGAAGUGCUUUUCUCAUCACCUACACCGGUUCGGAAGUUGCUCUGGGAGGAUGGAUGGUCACUUUCCUGAUGGAGAUCCGACACGGCACGGCCUUUGCCUCCGGACUCGCCGUCAGCGGCUUCUGGGGCGGACUCACCUUGGGCAGAUUUGCUCUGGGUUUUGUGACGGCGAGGUUUCUCAACAACAUGAAACUCAUCGUGUCUUUUUACUUGGUCUGCGCCAUGGCCACCCAGCUGCUGUUCUGGCUGAUACCGAACUUCAUUGCGUCCGCUGUCAGCGCGGCAUUCCUGGGCUUCUUCCUCGGCCCACUGUUCCCUGCUGUCAUUGUGAGCCUUACCACUGUCCUCCCAAAAUCAUUGCAAGUGCCUGCAGUUGGUAUUUGCUCUGCUAUUGGAGCGUCCGGUGCAUCUUCUGUACCAUUUGCUGUUGGGGCCAUUGCACAGGCCAUGGGAGUGCAAGUGUUGCAGCCGAUCAUCUUUGCAUGUCUUCUAUUGUGUUUGUUGCUUUGGGCCUACUUCCCGGACCCAGACUCUCCUUUUGUUGAUACUCAGACUGCUUGA